AUGUCAAAGUUUGAAGAACCGAGUCCAUCAUUAUCGGUUAAAUUGCCCAACUUAGAUCUAGACUCUACAACUCUACCAACCGAUAUUGUGCAGAAGCAAGAUACUGAAGUUAAUGCAGAGACCAAUGAAACUACGCUGAAGCAAAUCGCUGAAGACCCAACUUGCAAAUUUAGCGUGGCGUCGAGUGGAAUUACGCAGGAACUUGAGAAGAUUGAAACAGCUACUAAUGCAUCUCAGACUAUAGCUGCUAAAAAUCUUGUACAAGAGUUGGACGGUGAUUUAAAGGAUCCCUUGCAAGAGGCAACUGAACAGAUUCAAAAACUUUUAAAAGCAUUAGAUAAAUCUCAUAGUGACCUUGCGGCGGUAACGGAACAUUGUGCCAGGUUGCAAAAGCGUCUUGAUGAGUCAGAAGCAGAAAGGAAGGCUAAUGAACGCGAAGCUUCACCAUUAUUGCAGAGGACGAGAACUUAUGAAGGAAAUCAUGAUGGUUCGAAUGCAGAAACGAUUGAACGUCUCGAUGAAUCGAAAGAACUCGAAAAAUUAAAGGAGGAAAACGAACAACUUAAAUUAGAAUUGCAAGCUUGUAAGAAGGAGACCAGACCAUUUACAAAGAUGUAUUUUCGAGAGUCGAAAUCUAGACUGGAGGAAAUUCGAAAGGACAGACUUUACAGUAGACUUCAGUUGUCCAAGGUCGACGAAGCUGACACAAAGAUCCUUGCUGAGAUAAUAAAGGAGCUUAUGCUUACCUUAAAGCUCGAAAAAAUCGACCAGCUUGUUCCGACAAUCGACCAGUUGGACAAAGUGAUGCGUAUUAUACCUCAACUCCGAGAGUUUAUCAAUAAUGUUGUCUUUCUUGCGACAAGCUAUAAUGGAUAUCGGACUGGUUUAAGCCAUAAUUUCUCUACUUAUAGAUCUCCAGCACUAACGAGAUCUCAUAGUGCAAAUACGACUUUGAGUAAUCUGCUGAACGUCCCAUCUGAGCAAACGUUAAACGCAACGUUGGAUACGCUUUCACAGUGGAGAGAUGCUAUAAGGAAUAUGGAAUCGUUUGCUACGCAAAUAUUGCAGGCCUCGCACACUAAUUGGAAUAAGUAUCAUCAUUGUUGA